AUGACAUCACCCAGAUGCCUACCCCUCGCGGGGAUUCGUGUAGUUGAGUUCGCCGGCCUCGCGCCAGGGCCCAUGGCGGGCAUGAUCCUGGCCGACUUCGGGGCGGACGUCGUCCGCGUUGACCGUAUGGUCGGGCAGAGUGCCCCAGCCAAGGACGUGCUCGCGCGUGGCAAACGUUCGAUUGCCGUUGACCCCAAGACCAAGGGGGGCUAUGGCGUCCUGAGGAAGCUUAUCGAGGGCGCGGACGUGCUCAUCGACCCAUUUCGGCCGGGGGUUCUCGAGAGACUCAAUUUGGGACCUGACCUCUUCCUGGGAGAGAGCGGGAGUAACAAGAAGCUUAUAUACGCGAGGCUGGUCGGUUUUCCGAGAGAAGGACCUCAUAAGAACAUGGCGGGACAUGAUCUCAACUACCUCGCAUUGAGCGGAGUUCUUUCGAUGCUUCCUGGAGAGGGUAAACCGGAAUUUCCUCUGAACAUCAUGGCGGAUUUCGCGGCAGGCGGGCUCAUGUGCGCCACCGGGAUCCUGCUCGCGCUCAUGGAACGCAGCAAGAGCGGUCUGGGGCAAAUAGUGAAUUCCGACAUGACGUCGGGAGUGCGAUACAUGUCCACAUUCCCUCUCCUGCUGUGGCAGCUGAACACGGGUCACUUUGGCAAGACGAGGAGCACAGGAUUACUAGACGGCGCCGCUCCGUUCUACGCGGUGUACACCUGCGCAGACGGGCGGUGGAUGUCCGUCGCAUGUCUGGAACCCCAGUUCUUCGCCGAGUUUCUGGCCCUGUUUCUUAGCGAGCUCUCACCCGACUUCUCAGUAGAGGGAUGGAGACCUUCGGCCGACGACCAACCCAAGAGAGACACAUGGCUCCGGAUGAAGGAGUUCUUCGCACGAGGUUUCGCUAUGAAACCCCGCAACCACUGGGCGGCGGUGUUUCAUGGAAAAGACGCGUGCGCUGUCCCAGUUCUGUCCCCAGAUGAGGCGGCGACGCUAGCGGGACAGACGUGGAAGACAAGCGACCAUUUACCGGUACCCCAUCCGAAUCUUUCAACAACACCAUCAAUAGCAACAAGUCCUCCGGGAACGCUCUCCAGCCACGUCGUGAGAUCGGGGGCGCAUACAGACGAGAUCUUGAGGCAAUUGGGCAUGGGAGAUGAAGAACGCGCGGCGUUGCGGAGAGAAGGUGCUAUCGGCGGGCGAAUCGAAUCGAAGUUGUAG